AAGUAGAAGUGACGUGUAGUGUUCACCAGUGGCAACAGUGAGUGUUAGUGAACAGUUGACAAAUAUGUUGUCAAAAUGAAGCUGUGGAAAAGCUUGAAGAUCUCUAUUGGCAAUCGAAGUGAUCCAAAGUCGUAUCCACACGAUUUGCCGCAAUGGGGCGGCCAGGGCUAUGAACUGGACGUGUUCAAAUCCCAAACAUCGUUAUCCACGGACUCCGGGCUCUGCACUGAGAGGGGCCUGCGAAGGACCCACAUAGAGCUCUUUAAGCCUCCAGGGAAACGAAUCGGACUUAAACUGGCAGGUCGAUCAGAACCCGGGAUCGCUCCAUCUAUUGUGGGCUUCACGAAGGACUCGGUCGCCCACGAGUCCGACCGGCUAGCCCCUGGUGACAGGAUUUGCAGCGUGAACGGUAUCUCCACGGCGCGACUCACUAAUGACGAAGUUCUCCGGCUGCUCGAUAAUGUGGAAGAACGAGCUUCACUUGAAGUGGAAUAUUACAUGCCUAAUUAUGCAUCGCAAAACUCGCUCUACAUCACAACCAAGCUAGCAGAGGUCCCGGUGGAGAAGAUUAAUGGAUCGUUAGGAGUGACUAUACGUGGUGGCCUACCGGAGAACUCAGCUCCAAGUGCGGAUCUAGUCCUGAACAGCAGGUCCCUUGAUGCUCAGCCACUGGUGGUCACUCAUGUGAGGCCUGGCGGAGCAGCCUACAAUACUUCAAGAAUAAAGCCUGGUGAUCGAUUGUUGAAAGUUGAUCAUAUUUCCCUAACCAACAAAACACUAUCAGAAGUCCACCAAAUACUCCAGAAUUGUCCUCAAGUGACCAGUCUCACGAUAGAAUACGACGUUUCCAUCAUGGAGUCGGUGAAAUUGGCAACCGGUCCCCUCCUGAUCGAGAUAGAAAGGCCUUGCAAUGAAGACUUAGGAUUGUUUUUGAGUAACCAAAGGAUACCUGAUGACGUGUACAGUUCAGGGUCUGAUACUUAUCAGAGGGUUGGUGGCUGCAAUGCUAUAUUCAUAGACAGUAUACUACCAGCCAGUAUAAGUGACAGGUGCGGUGCUCUACAUCCCGGAGACCAGCUCUUGGCUUUCGACGAUCACGUCAUUGACGGAAACAAUUAUACCGCCGAAGAGGUGAUGUGCUAUUUGGAAAAUUGCGAAGGCGGUUUCACUAGACUUCAUAUAGCACCGAGACAUGUUUUAGCCCAUGCUGGACGGUUCACCCGAGAAAACUCAGUAUCCGGCUCGUCGACCCUCAACGCUAAGAAGCACAGGCAAAGAAACUUCAGACAAAGUUCGAUGCCAAAACUUGGCUUAACAGACGAUUACGCAGAAAAUCAGCAGAAUUAUAUGAGCAUGGGCGUGUGUCGCGUGGAGUCUCUGAACAUCCAGCUGGAAGUGCCUCCAGGCCAAAGCAGCGGUUUGGCUGUCCACGAAGACAACACUGUACUUGUUAUUUCACAUGUAUCUUCUCAAUCACCAGCUUAUCGGUCUGGCUGCUUGCAAAUCAGGGACAGAGUAAUGUCCAUCAAUGGACAUGAAAACCUAACUGUUGAUGUUGCAAAUGAAAUUUUACAAAGAAGAAAUGAUUCGCAUAACAACAAAUACUUAACUUUAAAUGUGGAAUUCAGUAUGCCUAAUACCAUAGAAGCGUCUAGUGGUGUGUUUAAUGUUAAAUUAGCUAAAACUACUGCUGGCCUUGGAGUAACAAUUACAGGUUGUAAGCAGAAAUUACUGAGUAAUGAAGAACCAAUGAUGAUAUCAGACAUCAAGCCUGGAUCGGUUGCACAUCGAAGUGGAGCUCUUGCCCCAGGAGAUCAACUCUUAGCUAUCAAUGGACAGCCACUACAUAAUUUAUCGCUAGACACAGCAUUUAAUAUACUACAGAAUUCACCAGAAGACAUAAUUACGUUGAAGGUUAGAAAAAGAGAUUUAACAGAAGACUGGUCAAAUGUACACAAGAACGCAAAACUUACCUUGCAAAGUUUCAGUAAUAUAGAAACUAAAGCUGUAGUGCACAGCGGAGAAGAUUCAGGACAUCACACUGAUAGUCCAAACAACAGUGCUAAAGAAAGUGAAAGAAGCCAUUGUAGUAACGAAAAUAAUGCUGUUUUUACUGUAGAGCUCAUAAAGCAAGAAAACGGUCCCUUAGGAUUAACGAUUGCGGGUAGCGAAGAUAUAAACCAACCUAUUCUGUUAAGUGGAUUGGUGGAAGGUGGUGUGGCUGAGAAGUGUGGUAAACUAGCUAUAGGUGAUGAGCUGUUGAGUAUAAAUGGUGAAAGUGUUUUGAACAAACCACUGUCGGAAGCUAUAAAAUUACUACAACAAAGUGGUCAAAGAGUUCAGUUGCAACUGUGCAGGAAAGUAACAGGAUCUUUGGAUAAUGCAGAAUCAGCGAGUGCAAGGGAUUCUAGCCAUUCGACAUCAAGUCCAGGCUUAUCCAACGAUAGUGCUGUAGAAUCUUGGGAUCAGAAUACACCAGUAAGAACAAGCGCGAACUGUGUUUAUAUCGUAGGUACCUCAGAAGUUAUAGAAUACGCAGUUCCAGAUAAAAGCCGAAUUACGGAGAAACAACCAUAUUCUCCAUCGGAUGAUGAUAAGCUUAUGGCUUCAUUCAACUCAGCCGCACCAUACACUAUCAACGACUUACCACUACCAAAUUAUUCUUUGAACAAUUCUCUUAAAACUUUCCAUUAUGAAAAUAACUGUAUCAUUCCUGAAGCUACGCUAAAAAAUAAACAAAAUAUAACGAGAGAAGACGACGUGCAGCAAAUUGAAAUUUUGACCUCGACAAUGAAAGACUGCAAAUUGCAUAACAUGGAAAGAUCUUCAUGCAAAUGUGAAUACGUGCAGAUGAGACCGUAUGGUUUUGUAUCACCGAAAACCAGGAGGCCCGAUUGGGAUGAUUUUUUGAAUAACGGUAUCUACACGGUAACAACACCUCAAAAAUCACCAAUGAAGCCCGGUGUUCCGGGGACAAGCUUUCAAUUCUCCACCAGCCCUAUUUACGAAAAUGACGUUCCAGGUUUAUACAGUACCGAGACAUUGUCCCCGGCUAAAGGAUCUAUUCAUCAUGUCAUUUUGUACAAAGACGCAAUCUACGAUGAUUACGGAUUCUCUGUGUCAGACGGAUUGUAUGAAAGGGGGGUUUAUAUCAACCGGAUUAGGAAGGGCGGCCCUGCAGAUAUCGUCGGUUUGCUCCGGCCUUAUGACAGGAUUUUACAGGUGAAUGGAACACGAACAGUGGAUUACGAUUGCUGUUUGACAGUACCAUUGAUAGCGGCCGCUGGUGAUCGUCUCGAAAUUGUCGUCCAAAGGCUUGUCACGUCCCGAGAAUUGAAAAAUCAGAGGUUUGAGGAUAGCUCCAGCCCGAGUGAAAGUAGUAUAGUGACGAAGACGAUUUAGUGUAUAACCCGGCUGUAAUGUGAUUACAUCCAGAGAGACAACUCAGUGAAUAAGUGCAACAUUUUCAAUGUGGACAAAGUAAUAAUCAGUGUUAAGCUCCGCGUCGGGAUCGCUUCAUAGAAAAUUAGAUUAAUACGAAUAGUUAAGUUAGUGUCCUUUGUGAAUAAGGAGUUAAGGUUUAAAUUAUUUAUACGGUUUAAUAUCGCGUCUUAUUAGUUGUGUUUAAAACAUUGUCCGAAAUGAAAAAUUUCAAUGCAUAUUUUUUAAUUCGCUUGGGUGAACCGUAAGAGUACUUUAAUUGUGUCUGCGAUUGAUUUAAACUUUUAGAACAGAAACUGACAAAUCUGUCAGUUUCCUUUCAUAAUCAUGACCUUUUAUGAUCAUGAAAUGUCAACGAACCCUCAAAUUAAGUAAGAGGCUAUUUCAGAGGCAUCAAAUCUCUGCUAGAGUAUAAUGAAAUAGGCCUUUGAUUAAACAUGUGCAAACAGAUGUUGUUAAUAGCAUAUCCAUAAGUUAUCAAGAGAUAACUUAGUGGGCAUUAUUCUAAGACAUUUUAUCAGUUGAAUUGAAAUCAAUUUUAAACAAAUCGCAUCUUGAAGUCUAUGAUUCGAUGUUUGUAACCUUGUUUUAACAUUUUAUUUUAUUUUAAGUAGCUGUGAUAAUCCAGUUGAGAUUUUUAGUUCCGAAUACCUGAAUGUAUUUUUAAUAAUUGUGAGUGAUUAAAAACUUUUUUUAUUUUACAUUUGUUUAAUUAUUUGUUUAUUUAACGAUUUUAUAUUAGUAGUUUUAUAGUUUUCACGGAGACACAUAACCGUGUAAAUGUACAAUUUCAAAAUUUUGAACGAAAUACGAAAAGGUAACCAAUUAAAAAAUUAUGCUAAGAUUUUUUAUUAGGGAUUAACUGUACAUAAUUUAAA